GAAGAAAUGAAUUCAUCCUCCCUCUUUUCUUUUUUUCUCCUUUCCAGCCUGUCUGUCUCUUCAAUCAAUUUGGUUUGAGGAAAUUGCCAUCAUGGUUGAUGCUGAUUUCCACAGACCUUCUUGUCUCCUUCCUCAACCUUUCCUUCAUUGAAUUCUUUAUGAUAUUUUUGGGUCUUCCAAUUCAAUCCACCACCGCCACAACUCCCCCUUUAAAACUCUCACCCAUUCGUCUCACUUUUCUCUCUCAGAUCUUUGAUCUUUCCUUGUUUUCUUCAAUCAAUUCCGCACAAGUCUGUUUCAUUUGCGGCGAGCUCACUUUGUCCAGAUCAGAUCUAUGGCGGAAGAGCAUGGAUUCCGAGCAUCGGAAGGGCACCGGUCGUGCGCCAAUAACUGCGGCUUUUCCGGCAGCCCCGCCACGCUGAAUUACUGCCAAAAAUGCUACCGAGACCUCAUCCUCGAACAUGGGCGGACGAAGGGCGCGGAUCUGGCGGAUUCGGCGCUGCCGGUGCAGGUUUCUCAGCCGGCCGCCUCGUCGCCACCGGCACGCCACGCGGCGGUCGCGGCGGAGGUGCAGCUGCCGGCGAAUAGGUGCUCGGCCUGCCGGAAGAAGGUGGGGCUGACUGGGUUUAGGUGCAGGUGUGGGGUCACCUUCUGCGGGACCCACAGGUACCCGGAGAUGCACGGCUGCGCGUUCAAUUACAAGGACGCCGGAAGAGAGGCCAUCGCAAAGGCCAAUCCUCUUAUCAAAGCGCUCAAGCUGGAGAAGAUAUGAUCGAUCAUCGUCGGUGCAAAACACCUUUGGCCUCGGUCAAAUUCAUCGCGCCAAAAAGUCAAAAGAGACGACCGAGUCGUCUAAAAUGCCACAUCAAAGUUGCGUAGAGUGCAAAACUCCUUUGGCUUUGCCUUCCCAUCUCUCUCUAUACAAAAUUGUAUUUAUCCAGUUUGUCCAGUUUUGUUAAGUGAAGCUAGACAAACUUUGAACUCUAAUUACUUUUAAUUUAUAUUUUAUAUUAGCAUAAUGAAAUAUAAUUUUGAAAGUUCCCAAUACGAUAAAUCUAAUAAAGUCUUUUUUUAUGUUAAAAUAUAUAUUACGGUUUUUAUUUAAUUAAAGAUCAAAUGGAAAUGCGUGACUGCAAAUUCAUCUCCGCUAACUCGCCUACCAAGUUCCUACCUUCGUAGCAGAGUCGCCUCCACUGAUUAGAUGGCUGUUCAGAGGAGGAAUUCAAGGUGAUGGUGAGCUUUAUAUCUACACAGUCUAAGUGUUAACACUAUAAAACCUCUAUCACCUU